UUCAUUCAUUCAUUCUGUAAACCGAAACGAUUCCGCUGCCGAGUACUAAAAAUAUUAAUUUAUGUACUUCGUUGCUAACUAAAUAGUAAUAUUUAUAUGACCGUAGAUAGAUGUUCAUGUAUUUAAUUCAUAUAUUUUAAAAUAAUAAAAGAAACAUGGAAGGAGAUAGUACCAACAACUCAAAAUCUUAUUCUGGAAUCCCAGAAGCAACAUUUGUGGACAAUGUUGAUGAAUUCAUGAAUAAGCCCGAAAAUGCUGGUGAGGUGGACAAGGUACUCAGGAAACUGGACGAACAACAUGGAAAGUACAAGUUCAUGGAGUACACACUGGGUACCAAGAGGAGACGACUCCGUCAGCAAAUACCAGAUCUGGCUCGCUCUUUGGAAAUAAUUGAAAAACUGAAAGCGCAAAAGCAAGAUACCGAAACUCAAUUUCUGCUUAGUGAUCAAGUAUUUAUGAAGGCAAAUGUUCCUCCAACCAAGACAGUAUUCUUGUGGCUGGGAGCCAAUGUUAUGUUAGAAUACUCAUUGGAAGAUGCUGAAAAGCUUCUCAGUACCAACAUGGCCACUGCAACGAAAAACCUAAAUUGUGUUGAUCAUGAUUUAGAUUUCUUAAGGGAUCAAUGUACUACAACUGAGGUGAACAUGGCAAGAGUUUACAACUGGGAUAUCAAGAGGCGCCAGGCUAAAGCACCACAGAUAGCCAGUUAAAUAAUUUGCAAGUUUAGCAUUUAAUAUACUCAAAUUUUAAAAUGCAUAUAAUAUGUAAUACCUUCAAAGGCUGUGCAGUGUGCACCAUCCCUUAGACACAUGCCUUAAAUAAAGAAUAUAUUAACUUAAAAAAUAUACUUUAAUAUUAACUUUCAGUAAUUUUUGCCUCUCAAAAUAUAAUAAUUGUUGAGCACAAAGUAAAUAGCAAACCAAUUUUGGUUCUAUUCAUAGGAAAUUGAUAAUGAUCAAGUACCUACUCCAUUGAUAAUCGUGGAAUGGCAGGUUUGCUUUGUAUUGAAAUUAAUAUUGAGUGAAUUUUUUAUCAGCUUUUAAUUUGUUACAAAUGGUGCUAGAAGCUGAAUGAUAACUAAGUAUUUAAGCUGUAUCGUUUGUUUAUUUCUUUUAUUUAAACCUGAUAUACAGCAUCACUUAAAGUUAUUUCUAAACUGUUUUGGAAUUGUAACACUAAUAAAUAUUUGCUUUAAA